AUGAAAUAAUUAAAUAAUUUUAGAUAUUGGUGGAAAUUAUAAUUGAAAUACGAAAAUUUUUAAUACUCUAAGUAUGGAUUGAGCUAAGUAUAAGGAAAUACUUAACCAAAAAUUAUUGAUGGAAAAAAUAAAGGCUAUUAAUUGUCAUGUAUAGUGAAGACCAAAUCUAUGAGGUAUGACGAGAUAUUAAUAAAUCUAUUUUACUUCCAAAAGUUAUCCUUCAACUCAAUCUAUUAACCAUAUUUAGAUCAUUAUUCUUCAUUAAAUCCGCCACCUCUAAGAACCUAAUAGUGCAAUUCAGUAGAUAAACUUAAAUUUUCCCCUUCUCUAUUUAAAAAUCUUCAUUAAUUUUACGCCAAUACUUUUUAAGCUAGUGAAUACAAAGUUGGUAAAAAUGACAUAUGGAAUGCUUUUCAUAAGAGGAAUGGUUAGAAAUAAACAAAAUUAAUGUAAGUAAGAAAUUUAUUUUAAUUCAGUGGUUGUAGAUUAUUUGCUUGUAAAGUAUAUAGGAAAAAAUUAAAAAGAAUUAGGAAUAAUAAACCUUUUGAAAUAAUGAAAUUAUUUCAGGAUUUAUUUCUUUUGCCCUUUUUUGUGGUGAAGGAAAUUAGAAUGACAAAUCAGAAGGCCAAGUUGCUUAAGAUUUAUUGA